AUGGCAGCGACUUUUGUGUCGCCUCCUCCUUUCGCUCCGUCAAACACCAACCGAAAAACAUCCAACGCAUCAUCGCGUCAUCAUCGAUCUGCUAAAAACGUAAACGAAGAAGAAGUCAAAAACGCAUCAUCCUUUCUGAUGAAGCUGGCUGGAUUAUAUAAAAGAGAUGACGAAAACGAUAAAGAUGAUGAUGUUCACGAUGAUGAUGAUGAUACCAAGAAGAAGAAGAAGAAGAAGAAGAACAUCAAUUCUUUUUCCUCGGAGGAGGAGGAGGAGGACACGGAGGUAAACGAAAACGCUUAUUCUUCCUCUUCCGAAGAUCAAGAGGAAGAAAAAAAAAAGAAUACAAAAACAUUUUCACGAGUUGUUGUCAAUCCGCCGAUGCCGCCGGGUAAACCGCCGUGUUUAUCAUCAUCAACAUCAUCAUCAUCGAAAGAUUUGAUGGCGAAACUGUUUGAAAAGGAAGAAGACCAAAGGUCAAAAAUGUCUUCUCCUCCUUCUUCUUCUUUAUCGUACGUUUCGGUCGUGGAGAAAGAGCAGAAGGAGAUGGAGAAACUCUUGAUGCAAAAAGAACUCGACGAGUUGAAAGAAAGGUGCGCGAGGUUGGAAAGCGCGUUAGAGAAUGUGCUCAAUAAUAAUAACAACAAUAACAAUAAAACUUCAAAAAGAACGCCUCCGGCUACGCCGCCGCCAUCUCAUUUACAUCCGGGUCUCUCUGGUACGAAAACCAUCCGCUCGACGGGGUCGACAAAGAAAAAGGCGUCUUCAUCAUUUUCUCCAAAAAAUGAAAAGGAUGAUAUCAAGAAGCGCGUUCAACCGACCAAGAAGUUAACCGCCCUGUCGUCGCCGGAAAUUCUUCAGACCAGACAGAGCUUGAACAUGCUCGCGUUCGAGUGCGAAGUGUAG